AUGUUUCUCUCGCGUCUCCUCCGCAUGGAGGUGCCCGUUCCGCAUUUCAACAAGGACCGAUUUUUCAGAAGGUUCAACAUGAUGGAGAUGGAUCGCGCCCGGUUCUACUACUGGAACUUAUUCAGCAUUGCCGUUACGGCGCUCCCCAUUGCAUACAUGUUUACGGCGAACUAUCGUUUCUGCGAAGAGUCGGUGAUGCUCUCAGAGCGCAGUCAGGGCGGCCAGUUGCCCGCGCAAGUUGAUAAGGGUCUGUUCAACUCAGAGAAGCUGGCUCGAUGA